UCAAAAAUGAGUUGAGUUCAGUGGUCACUCGUUGACAGUUGGUGUUCUGGUUCUGUGUUUAAAACCAUUGUGAGGUUAAGAUUUAAGACUCCUGACUCUUGUAUUCGAUUCUGUUGAACGUUUAUUCGAAAGUUCAUAAAUUGAUAGAAAAUGGAUGACGAAUCUGAGACUUACAAAUUGUGGAGAAUACGUAAAACAGUGAUGCAGUUAUGCCAUGACCGAGGCUAUCUUGUAACCCAGGACGAAUUGGAUCAAACCCUUGAACAGUUUAAAGAGCAAUUCGGGGAUAAACCAAGUGAGAAAAGGCCGUCAAGAGGCGAUCUGAUUGUUCUGGUGGCUCAUAAUGAUGAUCCAACAGAUCAAAUGUUUGUCUUCUUCCCUGAUGAACCCAAAAUUGGUAUAAAAACUAUCAAAACUUACUGUCAACGUAUGCAGGAUGAAAAUAUACACAGGGCCAUCAUUGUCGUCCAACAAGGAAUGACUCCCUCAGCUAAACAAUCAUUGGUAGAUAUGGCACCUAAAUAUAUUCUAGAGCAAUUCUUAGAAUCAGAGUUGUUGAUUAAUAUUACCGAACAUGAGUUGGUACCAGAACAUGUUGUUAUGACACCGGAAGAAAAGCAAGAACUGCUGGCCAGAUAUAAACUGAAAGAAAAUAUGUUGAUGAGAAUACAGGCUGGUGAUCCAGUAGCUAGGUAUUUUGGUUUAAAAAGAGGCCAGGUCGUUAAAAUCAUCAGAUCUUCAGCAACUGCAGGACGAUAUAUUUCUUAUAGACUUGUAUGUUAGUUGCCAUCAUAUUAAUAAAGUUGUUUACUGUA